UCAUCAGGCAUCAGUCAUGUUUUGUUUAUUUUCUCAUGAAUGAAACUGUAGUUUAAUAAAAGCCAAAUAUGAAGGAAAUAUCAUGUUCUAAGACUUCAAUAGCACUGCUUGUUUUGUUUGUCGCUAAAGGUCUGGCAGAAUUAGAAGUAGAGACCAACGUCCCCAACGGUCAAGAAGUUCAAGAUACCGACCAUAACGAUGUACCAAAUGUGGACGAAUCUGAAUCCCUCCUUUCCAACGUCGUGUCUGAUGUGAACAAAACCUUGACCAACCUGUACAACCACGUCACAUCGGCAAAUGUGACCAUCGACAACACGACAAUAUCGGCCAAUGAGACUAGGAAACUUGUGAAAUGUAGAGACUACUAUGAUGAACUAAGGACUACUGAAUUUGAACCAACAGUGGAAAUCAUCAAUGGAACUCAAUUAGCUAAGCUUUUACAGGUCAAACCUGAUAUCACCAGCAGAGACAAAGAAGCAGAUUGCAUCCUAGUCAUGUUCUACACCAGGGCUUGUCCGUUCAGUGCCCACGCAGCCCCACACUUCAAUGCCCUGGCUCGAGCAUACCCUGUUGUGAAAAUGGUGGCAUUAGAUGCAUUGAAAUACCAUGGAAUCAAUGCACAGUAUGGAAUAGUUGGUGUGCCAACACUGAAAAUGUUCCACAAUGGACGGCCGGUGGGGAAAUUCAAUGGAACUGAGUACAACAUUAAUUCUUUUAGUAAGUUCAUGCACACCAUCACUGGGCUCUACCCGCAGAGCCUUGUGGUCACGUCCAAGGACUUCCAGGGACCAGUGUCAAGUGUUGUAGAGAAGGAAACAGACUACUUCCUUGUGUUGUCAUGGUUGUUUAUCAUUGUGUGUGCUGUUUACUACUUCAUGGAGUCCAAGUGGUGGAAGAUGAUAGUGGAAAUGAUCCAAAACAACUGGAGAGAGUCUGAGGCACAACAUGAGCAUAAUGAAUAAAAUUGUAAUUAUUUAAGUAUUUAAUUAUAGGUGAAAAUAAUAAAUUUAUAACAAAUCAA